AUGACGGUCCCCGAUUCUGUUCGUCAGUCAGAGCUAUACUGGCAGAAUACUUUGACUGAUUUCAAUGCGGCAACAUUCCCACAUCUCAAGUUGCCUGAUCAGAACUCCCAGGCCAAUGACACAAUCACCUAUGAGAUACCUAUACACUUGAAGAAGCCUCCUGUUGCUACCAUACCAGUCUUGAUGCGGGCGUCAUGGGCAUUGGUGAUUGGUUGCAUGACGAAUUCGGACGACGUCGUUUUCGGCGUUACAGUAUCUGAGCAAAAUGCUUCCAUUGAUGGCACGAAUGAUCUUGUUGAUCAGACGACUGCUCUUGCUCCCGUGAGGAUCAGCUGGAACCGUGCUUCCACUGUCACAGACUAUUUGAAAACCAUUUAUAAGCAAGGCUGGGAAAUGGCUCCGUUUGAGUACAUAGGGCUUGAUAAUAUCGCCAAAAUAUCGCCCGAAAGCCACCAGGCCGCCGAGUUUCAAAGUCUUCUUAUUAUUCAAACACGUGAAACUGGAAGGUUCCAACCGCCAUUAGCAGGCUGGACGGGACAAUCUCUCCUAUUACAUAUCCUUCACGACGCCGAAUCAAUCUCCAUCACUGCCACCUUUGACGCCAAUGUCGUCGAGUCCUGGGUAGUCGAAGGAGCUUUGAAACAAUUCACGUCUCUUUUCCAACAACUCCAACAGUCUAGUCCUGCUACCAUCCUAGCCGACCUUGAGCUGGUAACGUACGGCAACCUGGAAACAAUUUGGAGCUGGAAUGGCAAUCGCCCUCCAUCUGUGGAUCUUUGCAUCCACACCGUCAUCGAGCAAAAUGCUCGUGAGCAGCCAGAUGCAGUCUCCGUGCAGGCAUGGGACGGGCAGUUGACCUACAGCGAGUUAAAUCAUCUUUCUUCUAUUCUUGCUUGCCGGUUGGUGGAGCUCGGUGUCGGGCCUAAUAAAUUGAUACCUUUGUGCUUCGAAAAGUCCAUGUGGACAAUGAUUGCAUUACUUGGUGUCCUUAAAGCAGGCGGUGGAUUCGUCCUUCUCGACCCUUCCCUCCCCCAAGAGCGGCUGCGCACCAUAGCUCACCAGACACAGUCUGACUUUAUCCUCUCCUCCCUAUCUUCCCAGUCUGUGAGUAUGAGACUACUCAACAGAGUCAUCAUAAUCAAUCACGAAUUCUUUGUCAAUCUGUCUAGCGGGCCAUUGUUCAUACCUGCGCCGGACCCAGACUCCGUCAUGUACGUCGUAUUCACUUCCGGCAGCACAGGUACGCCUAAAGGAGCUAUGAUAAGCCAUAGAAACUUCUCCUCAGCUAUGACAUAUCAGCUGGAACACUACAAGGUCACUUCCCAGAUGAGGAUGUUUGACUUUGCCUCCUAUAGUUUUGUUGCCUCAAUUGCCAAUUUAUUUAUUACCCUCACUGCAGGUGGUUGCAUUUGUAUCCCUAGCGAGUAUGAUAAGAGAAACAGGCUGGCCGAGAGUAUUGCAUCUUUGCGCGCCAAUGUUAUCCACCUUACACCAUCAGCCUCGAGACUUAUUACCCCGGACUUGAUUCCUGAAGUAGAGCUUGUCAUAUUCUCUGGCGAAGGCCUUCACACCGAGGAUAUAAAGGUCUGGUGGGGAAAAGUACGGGUGAUGAAUGUGCUGGGGCUCUCAGAAUGCGCACCUAGAAGUGUACUCAAUGUGAUUGCGAAAUCGCCAGAGGAGGCAACGCGAAUUGGAAAAGGUAUCGGGCAAGUGACAUGGGUAGUUGACCCUGAAGAUCACAAUCGCCUGAUGCCAGUUGGCGCUGUUGGAGAAUUGCUUUUAGAAGGCCCUCUUGUUGGGCUUGGCUACUUAAAUGACGAAGCAAGAACAGCGCAGUCCUUCAUUGACAAUCCUCGGUGGCUGCUAGAAGGCUGCCCAUCCAAGCCCUCUGGAAGACAGGGACGGUUGUACAAGACGGGUGAUCUCGUACGAUAUCACCAGGACGGCAGCCUAUCUUAUGUAGCGAGAAAGGACGCGCAAGUCAAAGUCCGUGGCCAGCGUGUCGAGCUUGGAGAGGUAGAGUAUCGAAUCAAGGAAGCGCUUUCCGACGUCGAGAAAGUAGUGGUUGAUGUGAUCAGCCCUCGAGGAGAAAAGGCGAAUCAUUUUAUCCUUGCCGCAUUUACUCAACCAAUUGAAUUGCCAUCAAUUCCAGCCACAAGUGACUUAUUUAAGGCGACACUACUACCCGUUACACCAGAUAACGAGGAGCGCAUGGCAAAGAAUCUUCCCUCGUAUAUGAUACCGGCACUGUUUUUCACAAUGUCAAAACUACCCACCACCCCGACCGGGAAGAUAGAUAGAAGAAAGCUGCGAGAAAUCGGCAGCUCUUUUUCCCUGCAGGACUUGGCGGAUAUGAGAACUACAAGUGCAUCUCCCAAGCGAAUGCCGAGCCUUGACGAAGAGCAACAGAUUCAAUCGCUUUGGAGUCAGGUGCUCCGCCUCAAACUCUCAAGUAUUGGCUUAGAUGAUACUUUUGUACAACUUGGAGGCGACUCUCUUGGGGCCAUGAAAGUUGUUAGCGAAGCCCGAAAAAUUGGUCUGGGUCUAUCUGUUGCAGAUGUUUUGGGUUCUUCAACUCUAGAAGAGGUGGCAAAGACUGUGCAACAAGUAUCAUUCUAUGGUGCGGUUGAUAUCUCUCCAUUCCAUCUUGUACCAGCAGACUCUCAUCUACCACUGUUAUUGGAUGAGGUGCAAAAGCUGUACGGGAUUCAAGAAGAAACCAUCGUGGAUAUGUAUCCAUGCACGCCGCUUCAAGAAGGGCUUUUUUCACUUUCAAUAACGCAAGGCGACUACAUCACCCAGCGCAUUCUGAGACUAGCACCGGGACUUGACCUAGAUCGGUUCCGUACGGCCUGGGAAACGGUAUCUGGGGCGUUCGAAAUCUUGCGCACGAGAAUCAUUGCACCAAAUCAUGGCCGACUGCUUCAAGUAGUCAUAAAUCAGCCUGCCGCAUUUGUCACAGCCACUGGGCUUGAAGAUUAUCUAAAAGCAGACAAAGCUCACCAAAUGGCACUGGGCGUGCCACUUGUGCGCUAUGCUCUCGUGAAGGACGAAGUUGGGUUGUACAGCCAUUUUGUAUUUACAAUCCACCAUGCACUUUACGAUGGGUGGUCUAUGCGCCUAAUACUUAAUUCGGUUGACAAAGUCUAUCGCGGUCAAGAUUUGGACGCUCCUCCAAAGUUUAACGGAUUUAUCGAUUAUGUAAAUCGACAGAGUGCUGAGUUAGCCAAAGCAUACUGGUUACGAUUUUUAGACGGCUAUAGCGGGACACCAUUUCCUACGAUCCCUCCAACGAUACACCAACCUUCAAUCGAUUCAAGGCUCCGAUGGGACAUGUCGAUACCAAAUACCACAACGAUGAAGGUUACUACAUCUUCAUUGAUUCGUGCUGCAUGGGCCUUGACCGUUGGACUUUGGAUCGAUGCCAAUGAUGUCGUAUUUGGUGUUCCGCUGUCCGGACGGAAUGCUCCAAUCCCUGGCAUUGAAAAAAUGGCCGCCCCAACUAUUGCUACUGUUCCAGUCAGAGUCCGGUGGGACAAACAUUCCACGAUUGUUGACUACCUAGAGACAGUACAGAAGCAGGCCAUUGAAAUGAUUCCAUUCGAGCAAUCUGGGCUGAGCAUGAUCUCUAGGUCAGGGGAUGGCUGUCAACGAGCUUGCGAGUUUCAGACUCUUUUACUUGUCCAACCAGACAUUAGUCCCAUAGAAGAGACGUUGGGCAAAUGGGAAUUAAAGGAAUAUCAAGAGCUCAAUACUUAUGCUCUCACGGUCGAGGUCAAACUUGGCGCACGCGGCAUUACAGUGCAUGCAGGAUUUGAUUCCAAGGUACUGGAAACUCAGCUUGUCCAGAAUCUUGUUCAGUCGUUUGAGUCUGUUUUGCAACAGCUGAGCAUAGCAAAUCCAGAUGAGAAGAUGUUGAAAGUCGACAUCAUGACAGCUCAAGAUGUGGAGAGGAUAUGGAGUUGGAACGGUCGUCUUCCGAAUGCAAUUGACCGCUGUGUUCACAGUUUGAUUGGAGAUCAAGUUUGUGCUGAUCCGGCUUCGCCUGCCAUUUAUGCUUGGGACGCCACUUUGUCGUAUGAGGAGCUGGAUCGCCUCUCUACUAAGUUGGCGUGGCGGCUGCAGGACAUUGGCUUAGCAUUGGGUGACAUUGUUCCGCUUUGCUUUGAGAAAUCAGCGUGGAUAAUUGUAUCGCUGCUUGCCGUAGUGAAGGCAGGAGGCACAUUUGUUCUUCUUGAUAAUGCACUUCCUGAGCAGCGACUACAGGUCAUUGUGCAGCAAGUCAAUGCUCGUAUUAUCCUCUCAUCCACAGAUUGCCAAAGCCUGAGCUUGCGCCUCGCUAGCACCGUCAUCCCUGUCUCAGCAAGUCUAGCCUCCGACCUGGAAAAUCAGCCAGAGCGACAAUUGAGUAGCCCAACUCCAGACUCAAUUUUGUACGUCGCAUUCACAUCGGGCAGCACUGGAGUACCCAAGGGAGCACAGGUCAGCCAUAUAAAUUUUGCCUCGGCCAUACAUCAUCAGACAAAGAAAUUUGCCUACAAGAAGAGCUGGCGGGUUUUCGACUUUGCUUCAUAUAGCUUCGACAUGUCGAUUUUUGCCAUUCUCUAUACGCUGGCUACUGGUGCUUGCCUAUGCAUCCCCAACGACGAGGAUCGAAAAAGUGACUUACCAAAGGCCAUCAGCGACAUGCAGGCAGAUUCUAUCAUUCUUACCCCUUCGGUGCUGAGGACUUUACACCCAACAGAGGUAUCUUGUCUCAAGUUAAUCAUGUCCAUUGGUGAACCAUUGUGUAGAGAUGAUGUGACUCCAUGGGUAACAGCGGGUGUGCAGCUUGUCAAUGCGUAUGGCCCGGCAGAAUGUACUCCAGUGAGUACCAUCAACACGGAUGUAGCCGAUGGCGAGGGAAAUCCUCAUGUUGGCCGCGGGUUGGGCCAUGUCACUUGGGUUGCAGAUGCCGAGGAUCAUAAUCGCCUGGUUCCAGUUGGCAAAGUUGGUGAGCUCUUGCUAGAAGGACCACUUGUUGGAUGCGGGUAUCUGGGAAACCCAGAGAAGACACAGGCUGUCUUCAUCGAAGACCCGUCCUGGCUACUGAAGGGAUCUAUGAAGCACGCUGGAAGACGCGGCCGUUUAUACAAGACGGGUGAUCUUGUCAGCUAUAACGACGAUGGCACAUUAAAUUACAUCAGCCGGAAAGACAACCAAGUGAAAAUUCGCGGCCAACGAGUUGAGCUCGGAGAAGUUGAACACCAUGUCAAACAAUGCAUAGCUGAUGCUGUCCAAGUUGUAGCAGAGGUUGUAUCGAACGGCGACAGCGGUGCCAAUCCAGUACUAGUGGCUUUUGUUACGAAAACCAGCACAAACGCGGAGACCAAUUCUUCCAUUAUCCAGACAUCGCAUGGUCUUGAGCCUGAGGUCGAGAAAGCUCUCACUGAGCUCUUGCCUUUAUAUAUGAUCCCGGUGGCAAUUUUCCAUCUGGAGGAAAUGCCUAUGACGGCCACUGAAAAGACCGAUCGCAAGAAGCUCCGCAUGAUUGGAUCGGAGCUCCUAGCAAGGCAGCGCGCGGAACGACAGACAAGUUCUCCAAAACCCAAACAGCAACCGUCCUCCGCAGUGGAAGUCCAGAUACGACGUAUUUGGGCCCAAGUUCUUAAUGUCAAUGAAUCGGAUAUUGGUGUCGAUGAUAGCUUUCUACAGCUUGGGGGCGAUUCUAUCACCGCCAUGCAAGUCUCCUCGCUAGCGCGAGCUUCUUACAUUAACAUCAGCAGCGCAGACGUCCUGCGCGUCAAGACUGUAUCGAAGUUGGCAGCAAAUUCAGCUGUCGCCCGUCCUCUUACAAAUUAUUCCGUCCAGCCGUCUGAGGAUACAGGCAAUAGUUUCUCAUUAAGUCCUAUGCAAAAUCUCUAUAUGCAUCUCCAACCGUCUCCAAAUCUGCCUUAUGAUCAAAACUUCUUCCUUGGUUUGAAGACAAACUUGUCGCAGGACGUUAUUGCGGCAGCAAUUGAAACCUUGGUUGAGCGGCAUAGCAUACUGCCUCAAUGUCGCGGCAGCCUUGACAUUGUGAAAGGACCCUUAAUUGCAGCCUGCAUCAUCAAUGAAGAUGAAACUCAGUCUUUGUUUCUCUCAAUACAUCACCUUGUGGUUGACCUUGUGUCUUGGAGGGUGCUGUUGCGCGAUCUGGAGUCGAUUUUGACCUUCAAAGACAACUUUGCAUCCGCAUCGCUAGACUUUCAAACUUGGACAAUACUUCAAGAGCAGUAUGCGUCGAUCGGGUUGGAAACGCAGUCAUUUAGGCCCAGUAAACCUGAGAUGGGGCAUCUAGAAUAUUGGGGAGUGGACUACCUCUCGAAUAAGUCCGACAGCAUUCUCACCAAAACUUUUGCACUCAAAGUCCAAGCAACCUCAGCCAUUCUGGGACACUGUAAUGAUGCAUUCGGAACGCGGCCAGUGGAGCUCAUGAUAGCGGCAGUCAUUCACUCAUUCGUAUCAAGAUUCCCAGAUCGUCACAGUCCGAUGAUUAUGAAUGAGGGCCAUGGCCGUGAGCCAUGGGACAAUGCCGUGGAUGUUUCUAACACUGUUGGCUGGUUCACCACUAUGUCCCCCGUGCAGGUGCCUUCCGACGUCAAUUCUAGCCUAGAUGAUGUAAUACGACUCACAAAAGAUCUGAUGCGCAACCAACCACAGAACGGGUGGGCAAAAUUCACAUCUCUCUGCAAAGACGGUGCUGGAGCCAUGGAAUUUGCUAAGCAAUUCCCAGUGGAGAUUUUGUUCAACUAUGCAGGAAUCUACCAGCAACUCGAGAAUGAUGACGCUUUCUUUCAGAAGCUUCAAUUGCCUCGAAACUGUGACCCUCUUGCACGUCUAGAUGUUCAGAGAUUUGCCUUAUUUGAUAUUGGGGCACGAGUAGAGAAAGGCUCGCUCAUUGUAUCGGUCGCUUAUAAUAAAUACAUGAACCAUCAAAGUGAAAUUUGCGAUUGGGUCGACAUCCUACAGGGCACACUGGCUAGAAUGUCCAGCGAGCUGCCUACGGCUAUGCCUCGUUGGACCCUUACGGAUUUUCCACUGGCUUUCCAAACAUAUGACAAUAUUCAAGAACUUUCUCAGUAUCAUCUGAGCCGACUUGGUGUCAAAUCAAGUGAUGUAGAGGACAUCUUUCCAUGCUCCCCUCUUCAAAAAGGUGUCUUAGCAGCCUGCAAACGAGAUCCACGCAACUAUAGAGCCAAAUUCGCCGUCGAAGUGAGAGCAGGGCUUGGAGCAGGAAUACUGGAUAUUCCAAAACUUGAGAUGGCGUGGAGAGAGGUAGUCCGUAAGCAUGCACUCCUACGAUCUCUUUUGAUCACCAAAAUUGGCGAGCAAAAAGAAGCAUUCCACGUCGUGUUAAAGGAUCCGAUACCAUCCGUUUGCCGCAUACGAAAACAGAACUCGACGUCUCAUUGGACACUUCAGCAUGAGAUAAGUGAGACUUACGGGCCUGACGAAUUGCAGCACCAUCUCAUCAUACACGAGAUUGAUGCAACGACAGCCCAUUUGGAGUUGCACAUUAGUCAUGCUAUCAUGGAUGGGUUCUCACUGCAAUUGCUUUGGAAGAAUCUUCAGGAAGCCUAUAAUGAUUCCCAGGGCUCGACAGGAUCUUACAGGAGUUUUGUCGAAUAUCUUCAAUCGCAGUCUAAGGAUGCUUCAAUUGACUUCUGGUCUGGACGUCUUGAAAAUGCUGUACCCUGUAUCUUACCGGCUGCAGUAGUCGACCAAAAUUCUUCAUCUUUUGAAAACAUUCAAGUUCCCAUUAAAUCGAGUGAGCUUAUAAAGGAAUUUUGCAGCGCUUCUGAAAUUACAACUGCGACAUUGAUCCGUGUUGCGUGGGCCAUGGUUCUAAGACUGUAUACCGGAAGUUUAUCGCCAUGCUUUGGCAAUAUUAGUUCUGGAAGAGACGCUCCCAUUCCACGAGUGGAUAGGAUCUUCGGCCCUCUCAUUAGUAUGGAACCAUGCCUUAUCUCUUUUGAAAACUCAUUGUCGAUGCUCGAGGUCUUGAAGGCUGCUCAGCAAGACUAUCUUGACAGCUUGCCAUACCAACAUCUUCCUCUGAGGGAGAUUCACCACAUGCUAGGUCUCAAAAAGAAGGCGCUUUUCAACAGCAUUGUAAGUUUUCAGAGAUCGUGGGGUUGGGAAGCUCAGGACGGCUUGUCGGUGAACCAUCUCGACGCCUUUGAUCCAAACGAGUAUGACAUUACCGUGCGCGUAAGUGAUGGAAAUGCCGGGACUCUGGUGAAGUUAACUUUCCGGCCAAAUUUCCUCAGCUCAGAUGAGAAGCGCGAGGUAGCUCGCGUUUUUGGGAAGGCGAUCAGCGCAAUCGUUACUGAUCCUUUGCGCAAGGUUGAGGACAUUCAGCUUUGA